AACGAAAAAAAAAACAUGGCUGUUGUGUGUCAUUUUCAACAAUAAUCAAUAAUUUUCACCAUUCAUCUUGACCUCCAUUUUUUCUAAACGAAUUUAUUGGUGCGAUAAUUUGAAAAAUUGGACCCGGUGCUUCGCUUCAGUUUUAACAGGAUCCUUUUAUAUUUAUUAUUUCCUAAUUCUUUUUUAGUUUGUUUUGUGUAAAAGAUGUACCUAUAGUAUGAUUUACGCUUGGUAUUCUGCUAAAAUGUGAUCUUAGGGCAAUCUAUUGCUUAAAGAUAGCGUAAACAGAAUUUUUGUCCUCAAGUGCUAAAAUUUAUUCGCGAUGAGGCAGUGUUGUGUUCCUGGGUGUAAAAACACCUCCAAUUUACGCAAGGUACCGUUUACGAAGGUAACUUGGAAGGCAUGGUUAGUUCGAUGUCCAUUUCUUCGCAAAUAUUCCCGUAAGUCGUUAGAGAAUGUUAAGAUUUGCGAACUUCAUUUUUUACCUCAACAUGUUAAAUCUCACAGACUAACGGCAGAUGCAAUUCCUACAUUGCAUCUGCCUAAGCAAAAUAUAGCUACAUCUUCUCGAAACGAGCAAUUUUUGGAAGUAUUUCCUCUUCAAUCUGGCCAACCUCUCAGUGUAAGAAUUGUUAAUCCAUCAGUCUCUCUGAUAGACACAGUUAAUGUUCAAACUGACUUUGAUUACAAUAAACAAUCUGUUUUUCCACCUACAAAUGAUCAAGUCCCAAGUGUUCAAAGUAGAGAUAUUACUGAACGUGAUUUUGAACCUAACAAUCAGAGUAUUGUUACACCAAGUAAUGAGCAAGUCCAGUGUGUGGCUUCUCAAAUAAAUAAAGAAACUACUGAACCUGAUUUUUACGUACAGUCUGAUUCUAUGACAGAUUCUAUAACUACAAAUGUAGUACAUUCCUGUAGUACAAGUACAGAAACUCAAAACCAAUCUACAGAGCCAGAACUAACAGUUGGUCAACUGAGUCCUCUUCCAUCUAACACCAUGCCUUCUGAUGUUAUAUCUGCCAUACAAAGAACUCCAGUACGUGUAAAAUCACAUUCUAGACGUCAUAAGUCCCAUGUAAAGUCAGAUUUAAUUCCUAGAGUUCGUUUAGGUCAAAAUGAGACCCCUCGUAAGCAAAAGCUACGUGUGGGGAAUGAAAUGUUAAAAAUGAAGUUACGAAAUUUGACUUUGAGAUUUAAUAAAUUAAAAUCAAAGACACUGUCAUGGUCUACUCAAGUAAAACUUUUCAUCAAAAAGUAUCCUCUACUGAGUAAUUUUGGAAAAAUAUUGGUCGACUCACAAUUAAGAUUAUCUGGUGUAAAAGGAAAAGGUUCUAGAUACACAGACGAUGAAAAAAUUUUUGCACUUUCUUUGUAUAAAUUGAGUCCAAAAUGUUAUGGAUUCUUGCAAAAAAACAUAAGAUUACCAAGUAAAUCUACUAUAGGAUCUUUGUUAAAUAACAUCCCUUUGAGACCAGGUAUUAAUGAAUUUAUAUUUCAACAUUUGGCAGAUGCAGCUAAAAACAAAAAUACUAUGGGAUUGCAGUGUGUAUUGCUGUUUGAUGAAAUGGCAAUUAAUAAAAAUUUGUUUUUUAAUUUUCAUACUGGGGUUAUCGAGGGUUUUGAAGAUCUAGGAGGUGGUGAACGCACUAAUAAUGUUGCUGACAAAGCUUUGGUUUUUAUGUUGCGUGGUAUAUUUUCAAAUUGGAAAAUACCCAUAGCUUUUUAUUUUGUUCGUGAUGGAAUUAAAACAUUUCAUUUAAAAAAGAUACUAAAAGAGCUGAUUGCAGCAAUAUUUAAAUCAGGAUUUAUUUUGAGAUGUACUGUCUCAGAUCAAGGCUCAGCGAAUGUUGCAGCUAUAAAUUCAUUAAUAGCUGACACACGCGAAGAUAUUCUUCGUAGUGGUAAUGAUGACCCAAAUAUCUUUCAUUAUAUGAUAGACAAAAAUAAAUUAUACCACAUGUAUGAUGUUCCGCACCUACUAAAAUGUUUUCGCAAUAAUUUCCAGAAGAAGGACUUGCUGAUUGGAACCCAGCGUGCGCAAUGGAACUACAUCGAAAUGGUGUAUGCUUCAGAUGGCGCACAGGGUCGUGCGAGAACUACCAAAUUAACCGACAAGCAUAUUAAACCAAACUCUUAUGACAAAAUGAAGGUCAAAUUUGCUGCACAAGUCUUCAGCAGAGAGGUGUUUGCAGCCUUACAGAACAGGAUGAAGACAUAUGAAGAUCUGCAAUUAGUACAUAAUUAUAGUGUUCCAUCUGUGAACAUUGAUAAUGGUUUCUUCACUGCUGAAAUCAUCUUAUUCAUUAACGAUUUGUUUGACAGCCUGAACUGUGCCGGUCAUACUAGAGGCGAACUAUCUAACGCUUUGUCCUUGAAUUCAACUCAUUUAGAGUUUUGGAAUAAUGCAUUGAAGAAACUACAAUCAAUGAAAUUUGACGCAACAGACUCAAGAGAAAUACAUAACAAAUUUUAUACAAAAAAAAAACAGCUGUUGAGUUUCUUGCCGGUUCUUCUCAUGCAUUCCGAACCGGUGGUAGUGUAAAAAGAUUUUUAAUGAAAAUACAUUUUUUUCACUGAAA